UUGUCAUUAUUAUUAUCCAGUCUGCUCCCAGCUCAGAAUGGCCAGAUUCACUCAGACUGAGACAAGAAGGGAGCAGCACCCACAGCCGCCCCAUCCCGCUUACUCCAGCCUGCUUUUCACUGGACCCGGGGCAGCACCGACCCAACAUCCACUCCUCCUAAUCCCGCACCAGCACCAGUACGCUCAGAUCCCAUUCCUUAAUCCCAUGAACGGGUCAGAAUCCAUCUCCAUUCAUCAGGAGAACGGCACCAUGAAAGACCAAGAUGCCAUAAAACUAUUUAUCGGGCAAAUACCGCGGAACCUUGAGGAAAAAGACCUGAAACCAUUAUUCGAACAGUUUGGAAAAAUCCACGAAUUGACAGUAUUAAAGGACCGAUACACCGGCAUGCACAAAGGCUGCGCGUUCCUCACCUACUGCGCCCGUGAGUCGGCCAUCAAAGCCCAGAACGCUCUCCACGAACAGAAGACACUGCCGGGGAUGACUCGCCCCAUCCAGGUGAAGCCAGCUGACAGCGAGAGCCGUGGAGAAGACAGGAAGCUGUUCGUCGGGAUGCUGAACAAACAACAGACGGAGGAGGACGUGUACCGUCUUUUCGAACCCUACGGAGUCAUUGAAGAGUGCACUGUGCUAAGAGGUCCGGAUGGAAACAGCAAAGGCUGCGCCUUUGUAAAGUUCUCCACACACGCUGAAGCUCAAUCUGCAAUCAGCGCCCUGCACGGCAGUCAAACCAUGCCAGGCGCGUCGUCCAGCCUGGUGGUCAAGUUUGCCGACACGGACAAGGAGCGCACCAUCCGUCGCAUGCAGCAGAUGGUGGGCCAGUUUGGCAUCUUCAACCCUGCCAUCGCCCUGCCCUUCAGCACCUACAGCACCUACGCACAUGCGCUGAUGCAACAGCAGGCGGCCCUCAUGGCUGCCAGUCACGGAGGCUACCUGGCGCCCAGCGUGGCCUUUCCCACCACCCAGAUCCACCAGAUGGGGGCGCUCAAUAUCAACAGUCUGCCGCCCACUCCCAUGACCCCGGUGUCGGGUGAGUUUCAUCAGACACUGGGCCUCAGCUCACCACCUGCCAACAUCACCACAUCAGCCGUCCCCAGCAUCGUCACUCCUAUCGUCAACGGCUUCACCAGCAUCCCUCACCAGCCCAAUGGACACCCAGCGGUCGAGGCCAUGUACACCAACGGACUGCCCUCUUACUCCACCCAAAGCCCCACAGCUGCGGACACCCUACAGCAGGCCUUCACCGGGGUGCAGCAAUAUACAGCCAUCUACCCAGCGACCACACUGACCCCUAUUGGCCAAAGCUUGCCACAGCCACCACAAGUCAUUCAACAGCAGCAGCAGAGAGAAGGUGAGGGACCAGAGGGCUGCAACCUCUUCAUCUACCAUCUACCGCAGGAAUUUGGUGACAACGAGCUCAUGCAGAUGUUCCUUCCGUUUGGGACAGUCAUCUCCUCCAAGGUCUUCAUGGAUAGAGCCACCAACCAGAGCAAAUGUUUUGGCUUCGUGAGCUUCGACAACCCAGCAAGUGCACAGGCUGCUAUCCAGGCCAUGAACGGCUUUCAGAUCGGCAUGAAGAGGUUGAAAGUGCAGUUAAAACGGCCGAAGGAUGCGAGCCGCCCGUACUGACAGGGCCCGUCCCACACACGGGGCUCUCAGCAACAGCACAGGAUUUGAAGAGUGAAAUCUCAAAAGGAGUUUAACUUUUUCUUUCAAAACAAACAAGAACAACAUGAAUGGAUUUUUUUGAAGACAUCAGCAUUUAUUUUACGGAGAUGUUCGGUAAAGAUUGCGGGUGAACCGGCACCAGUGGACAGACCACACUCGGCACAGCGCACGAAAGACUAGAGGAAGAUCUCUCUAAAGACAGAGAACUCGACACGUCCUGUCUCUCGCUGAGCUUCGAACCGUCAGUCAAGCAACAAACAAAAAGAAAAAAGAAAAAAAACCGCAAGAACAACUUCGAUUUCUAUAUACAUAUUAUACACACAUAUGCUAUUUAAAGGAAGAGGCGCUUAUGGCUUUUAUCACACUGGACAAAUGAGGGUUAAACUUGAAGACCAAGGAAAAAUGCAGUGGAAAAAAAAGAAGUUCUUCUUGUCCCGCUAGUGGACUUUCUUUCUCUUUCCCUCUUUCCUUUUCUCCGGUCACCGUGUUUCAGCAAACGCAGGACAUUCUGAGGUUUCAUGCCCUCAAUGAAACUGAUCAAUCUUUCACCCCAAAGGGACCAAAGGACCAAACAUUUUUAUUCCUCAACAGAAAUAUAUGGUAUUAAUAACAAUGCUAAUACUACAAACUACUACUAAUGACAUAAGUAAAAAAAAAAAAGCUAAAAAAAAAAAAAAAGCAUAAAUAUUCGCUUCAGGUCGGAAGAGGAAAGGGAUUUUGAUUUCUUUUCCUUUUACAUUUAUAGCUACUGGGUUUCAGAAUAUUUAAACAAAAUAGAAAAAAAAUGAAGAAAAAAA